GCAGUGACGAAUCUCCGCAGUCAGCUGCUGUGAGUGCGCAGCACCGCUCCGCUCUGCCAGAGACAGCAAGAGGAGGAGAGGGAGGAGAAGAUACAGCACACGGGCGAACACUCAGGAGCAUCAUGGCACCAAUUGGAUUAAAGGCGGUCGUUGGCGAAAAGAUUAUGAAUGAUGUCAUUAAGAAGGUGAAGAAGAAGGGAGAAUGGAAGGCUUUGGUGGUGGACCAGCUCAGCAUGAGGAUGCUGUCCUCCUGCUGCAAAAUGACUGAUAUCAUGACAGAGGGCAUCACUAUUGUUGAAGACAUUAAUAAGCGAAGAGAGCCUCUGCCUUCAUUGGAGGCCAUUUACCUGAUCACUCCAACUGAGAAGUCCGUGCAGACUCUCGUCAAUGACUUCAAAGAUCCCCAUUCAGCGAAAUAUAAAGCAGCUCAUGUGUUCUUCACUGACUCUUGCCCGGACCCCCUGUUCAAUGAGGUGGUGAAGAGCCGUGCCUCCAAAACCAUUAAAACCCUAAAUGAGAUCAACAUCGCCUUCCUGCCCUAUGAGUCCCAGGUGUUCUCUUUGGACAACCCUGAUGCCUUCCAGAGUUUCUACAGCCCUCAUAAGACACAGCUGAAGAACCCUGUGAUGGAGCGGUUGGCAGAGCAGCUGGCAACUCUGUGUGCCACACUGAAGGAAUACCCUGCUGUCCGAUACCGAGGGGAGUAUAAAGAUAACGCCACUCUGGCUCAGUUGCUUCAAGACAAACUGGACGCCUACAAGGCGGAUGAUCCCACAAUGGGGGAGGGUCCAGACAAGGCUCGCUCUCAGCUCAUUAUUCUGGACCGAGGUUUCGACCCUGUCUCUCCUGUCCUGCACGAGCUCACCUUCCAGGCUAUGGCCUAUGACCUGCUGCCCAUCGAGAACGAUGUCUACAAAUAUGAGACCAGUGGAAUAGGCGAUUCUCGUGAGAAGGAAGUGCUGCUGCAUGAAGACGACGACCUCUGGGUGGCGCUACGGCACAAACAUAUUGCUGAGGUCUCUCAGGAGGUGACACGCUCCCUGAAGGAGUUUUCUGCUAGUAAACGGAUGAACACUGGAGAGAAGACCACCAUGAGAGACCUGUCUCAGAUGUUGAAGAAGAUGCCGCAGUACCAGAAAGAGCUCAGCAAGUAUUCAACCCAUCUGCAGCUGGCUGAGGACUGCAUGAAGCACUACCAGGGAACUGUGGACAAGCUGUGCCGUGUAGAGCAGGAUCUGGCUAUGGGAACAGAUGCAGAGGGCGAAAAGAUUAAAGACCCCAUGAGGGCCAUCGUGCCAAUCUUGCUGGACGCCAACGUCAGCACCUACGACAAGAUCCGCAUCAUCCUGCUCUACAUUUUCCUGAAGAACGGGAUCACGGAGGAGAACCUUAACAAGCUGAUUCAACACGCCCAGAUCCCUCCUGAGGACAGUGAGAUCAUCACCAAUAUGGCUCAUCUGGGUGUCCCGAUCAUCACAGAUUCUACUCUCCGCAGAGGCAAGAAGCUUGAUCGUAAAGAGCGUGUGAGCGAGCAGACCUACCAGCUUUCUCGCUGGACCCCACUCAUCAAGGAUAUCAUAGAGGAUGCUAUUGACGACAAGCUGGACACCAAACAUUAUCCGUAUAUCUCAACACGCUCGUCCUCUUCCUUCAGCACUUCUGCAGUCAGUGCCCGAUAUGGCCACUGGCACAAGAAUAAAACCCCUGGAGAGUACCGUACGGGCCCUCGCAUCAUGGUCUUCAUCAUUGGGGGCGCCUCCUUUAGCGAGAUGCGCUGUGCCUAUGAGGUCACACAGGCCAAUGGCAAAUGGGAGGCCAUCGUUGGUUCUACUCACACGCUCACCCCAACCAAAUUUCUAAUGGACCUGCGGCACCCCGACUUCCGAGAAUCCACUAGGGUGUCCUUUGAGGACCCUGACCCCUCAGACGAGUGAGAGAGAGAAAGAGGGAAGGGUGGGAGAGAGAAAUCACACUCUGACAAAGUUCGACCCAUAUCGUCGGCCCCACCCAGCUUCUGGAUGCUCUCAAGGCCAUGAACAAACCCGACGAGGAGCAGACAAGCUAAAAUCACAACUUCCUCCCCCCCAACCCCAACGCCCAGUUACCCUGUCCCUCCCUAAAUCCGUCGCCCUGUAAAUCGCACCCGCUCCUAUAUAAAUUGUGUAUGCAUCUUGCUUGAGAGAAAAAGAAAUAAAAAAAAUAGAUGAUUGGUGACAAGUUAAAAAGGAUAUUCUAUAAAUUUAUAUAUAUUUAAAUAUAUAUAAUGUUGAAAUAAAAGAAUCAUUGCAAGUAUUCUGUUUUACAAUGGAUGCAAAUGAUUAGACUGUCAACCUGAGUUUUCAUUAUUGCCAUUUAAAAAGUACCAAAUGUAAUAUUGUAUGUUAUGGAAACCUGCUAGAAUGCGUAAAUGGUAGAUCACUUUUUGCGUUUGUUCCUUGGUGUGUGUUUUCUUUUUUUUCUUUUUGUUUAAAAAGUUUAAAAGUGGUUGGGGGAGGGACUGGUUUGUAUGCAAAUAGACCAGUGAGGCAAAAUGAUGCAUAUCACUUCCUGCUGAAAGGCGAAACUGCCCGCCCAGUUUAGAUGCUUGGGGUUUAAUUGUUGUCUCAAUUUAGAUGUGCAUGCCAUGGACGCUACUAUGUGGCCCGUUUGACAUGUUUAAAAAAAACAAAACAAAAAAAACAAAACAUGUUAAGACGUGUAAAAACGAAACAAUGAGCAUCUUCUGGGACUCCAGUGAUGAAGAGGAAGGAGGCCAAAGGAGUAACAGAUCAAAGCCUCAAGCUGUAAAAGUGAAAGAGACACUGUACAUAGCUAGCGGACGUCACCCCUCCUUCAAGUCGCGAUUCCGGGAGCAUUUACUCUCCAUCUCCUUUUCUUUUCACGUCUCCUUCUACAGAGACCUCAUGAUUUAGUGUGAAGAAGGCCGUUGCUUGCAGAUGUUUAAGGAAUUCAAAAAAAGGGCCAGUUGUAUUUCAGUAUUGUAUCUCGUCCGAUUAAGUCUUAUCAUUGGUUAGUAAACAAUGUUUAACCGGGACAUGCACUGAGUAGCGUGUUGUUGUAUGCCAUAUGUUACUGUUUUUCGUCUCACUGUUGACUGGUGAAAAUUUCUGACUGUGAAGUAGUAAAACUUUCCUUUGCCAAUGUGAAGCCACUGUAUUUGUGAUGUAUUAGCUGUAGCUGUAGUGAAAAACUGGGGAAAAAAAAUAGGUAAUAUCUAUCUUUCGUUUGUCCGUCUGAUAGUUUCUUUCUGGUGCAAUGUUAUAUCUUCCACUGGUGAAUGGCUUUGCAACAAAACGCAACCCCCCUUUUUAAUGUUUCGGUUUUACUCUGUUCUGGCAGAAAGGUUGUAUAUUGCACUACGCGUUUUCUGUGAUGCAAACGCUUCUAUGGUUCUCUCUCUUCUUUUAAAUUAUUACCUUAUUUCGGGUUUGCUGUUGUAUAGCUGUGUCGACUGGAUUGAUUUCUAUUUCAAUUUAUUUUUCAGAGAAUAUCAAUAAAUAAGAACGUAGUCCGUCCUAAACCUGUUGAUCUUACUGGGAUUCUAUGUUUGCGAGUGUUGAAGCACAAACUAAAGUAUACUUCAUGUGUACCGAUGUACUAAGGCUGUCUAAUAAAUUGGCUUCCAUUACAAA